AUGCCACAAAGAGACGGAAACAGUGUUCCGGUCCCCAUCCCUCCGCGUCGGCACCCUCGUGCGCCGACGACAAUACAAGCAGUUGGCGAUGAUUUCGAUGCCGUAACACAUGACGCGGAUUUCGAUACUGGAGGAACGGAAAUGCACCCUUUUGAUGGUGUAACCGAAGUUCAAACAGUGAGACGGGUGGGCUUGGAGGAAGAUACGGAGCCACGAUUCAGCGGUGUGUACGGAGAAUGGGCUGAAAAAUACGAAGUCAAUUAUCGUCAGGGACCACCCCCUACGGAUUAUGGGAUGUAUAUGGAUGAGGUGUCGAGGCGACUCCAAGAAAUCGCCGUCGAACAAGGUUCUCACAGACAGAAUGCUACCCCAAGGUCGGGGGGGGGUCCGGAACCAUUAACGCAACCAGUGAUGGAAGGGGGACGUUCCGGGAGAGUGCACAUGUGGAGGGAAGAAGUUGCGCGUAAUGGCGGCAGUACCGGAGAGCCUGGAGAUUCGCCUUCGCAAGUCAGUAGCCCAGCACAGCAUACGUGCAGCAGGAAUGUUAGUGCGACCCUUCGCCGAAGCCAGUCCAACGCAUCGCCGUCCUAUCGAUCCGAACGGAUGUACACUUCAUCAGAGUUGAACACGUUUCACCCGCUCAAGCAUCCGCAGCCGCAGGUGAUUAACACAAAGCGUCCAAAAAGGGUCAAAUCUCCCAGCCCAACGCGAUCGGAGAGAAUAUACACCAUGGCGGAAAUUAGUGCACUCACAGGACAGAGGCACUCUCCUCCGCGCAACAACCCCUUGACGAAUUAUGGAACUUACUACAACAGAAGUGCAAGCAUCGCUUCAUCUCCGCGCAAUGCCAGAGCGGAGCCCAGAAUGAGCCCUCCGAUUGCAAGGACUCGAUCUACCUCGACGACAUCCGUGGAAAUGGUACUUGCGUCCUGCCAGCCGUCACUACUGCACAUCGCGCCAGUACUCUACAGUCUGGGCAUCAAGCAGCGUGAGCAUCUCCGCGCAUUGGUGCGGCUAAGAGAAGAAACCCGGGAUCGCGAGAUGAAAGAGGAGAUGCUGAAGAAAGGUGUCACGAUGCUCGAGUGGGCAAUCUUGAUGGAUAAACUGCAAGGCUUCUAAUCUCAGUGAAAAACCCAAAGCACGGUAGGUGUUUGUUACCUACGAGCUUGGACCAUAGGCGGGGUAUAAACACAUGUACACAACGCGUCUUUUUAUGUACGUGCGCAGCACUGCCGUGACGUCCUGUACUUGUAUCCUGUACGGUCAUUUCAGUUUGGUUCCUGUAUGAGAAUCUGAAUCAUAACUUCUAUUAGGACGACAUGCACACAGAGAUCGGUGGGCAUGAACAGGCCGGAGCCGUAGACGUUUCCACUCGCGACCUUGUUGUGUCGGAGGGAGGGCCGCUUCCCGAGAGUUCGCGUUCCAGCAAACGUACUGCGGUGUAUCUGCAGGACGACUGCCUUAAACACCGCUACAUAAGGUCGAAGGAUACCUCGGGUAUCGUGGAGCGUCCCGAA